AACACAGCUUCUGAGUAGCAAGUUCAUUCAUUAAAACAAUACAAAAAAAAAACGAAUAUGAAAUUGUUCAUCGUUUUAGCAGCAGUGGCGUUAGCCCAAGGCGCCAAACUAGACAGAACCUACCUCCCACCUAACGCUCAGGCUUCCGCAGGAUCUGCUUUCCUCGAGGCUCCUCGUCAGUCCAACGGAUUCCAGGAUCAAUCUGGUGCUUUCUCCAACAAUGGAUUUGCCAACUCUAAUGCCCAAAACGGAGCUUACUCAGGUUUCGAAGCCCGUCCCGUAGAGCGCGCUCAGGCUGCCUUCGAGAGGAAUGCUGCUAUCCUUCGUCAGGACAACUCCAAUGAUGGAGAGACUUACGCGUAUGCUUAUGAAACUGAGAACGGUAUCUCCGGCGAGGAGAACGGAGUGGCGACUAACGGAGUGCAGGCUCAGGGCAGCUACUCCUACACUGGGGAUGAUGGCAAGGUUUACUCUGUGAGGUACACCGCUGAUGAGAACGGUUUCCAACCCCAAGGUGACCAUCUCCCCACUCCUCCUCCAGUCCCCGCUGAAAUCCUGAAGGCUUUGGAACAAAACGCUCGUGAUGAGGCUGCUGGCAUCUACGAUGACGGCUCUUACAGCGAUGCUAAAUAUGCUGACGACAGCCAACAGCAGUAUUACGACAGCAACGCCCAAGCUAUCAACUACAACAACGCGCCAUCCAACAAUUACAACGCUCAGUCCAACAACUACAACGCUCAGUCCAAUAACUACAAUGCCCAGUCCAACAAUUACAAUGCCCAGUCCAACAACUACAAUGGCCAGUCCAACUACAACUCCGCUCAAUCCAACUACAACUCCGCCCAGUCCAACUACAAUGCUCAAUCUAACUACAACUCCGCUCAAGCCAACUACAACAACGCUGACGCUGUCAUCACCACCAGUGCUUUGAUCCGCAACGACGCUUCUGGCAGCAGCAGCAACGUCGCUGGUACCCAGAAGGCUUACCUUCCUCCCUUCGCUCAGGCCAACACUGACGCCAUUGUUACCAACAAUGCUCUCCUUCGAAGCGAUGCCGCUGAAAGCAGUAGCUCCGUUUCUGGAAUCCAGAAGGCGUAUCUCCCACCCUUCGGCCAACGCCAGAGGAAUGGUGCGAGGCCAUCCUUCAACGCUAGAGAUGGCUACCGUUAUUUCAUCGUUUUAGCCGCUGUUGCUUUGGCUCAGGCCGCCAAACUGGACAGGACCUACCUCCCACCUAACGCUCAAGCUUCUUCAGGAUCUGCCUUCCUGGAUGCUCCCCGCCAGUCCAACGGAUUCCAGAGCCAAACUGGUGCCUUCUCAUCCAGCGCCCAAAGCGGCGCUUACUCAGGCUUCGAAGCCCGUCCCGUGGAGCGCGCUCAGGCUGCCUUCGAGAGGAAUGCUGCUAUCCUUCGUCAGGACAACUCCAAUGAUGGAGAGACUUACGCGUAUGCUUAUGAGACUGAGAACGGCAUCUCCGGCGAAGAGAACGGAGUGGCGACCAACGGAGUGCAGGCUCAGGGCAGCUACUCCUACACUGGGGAUGAUGGCAAGGUCUACUCUGUGAGGUACACCGCUGAUGAGAACGGUUUCCAACCCCAAGGUGACCAUCUUCCCACUCCUCACCCCAUCCCUGAAGAGAUCCUGAAGGCUCUGGAGCAGAACGCUCGCGAUGAGGCAGCUGGCAUCUUCGAUGACGGAUCGUACAGCGAGGCUAAAUACGAUAGCAACUCCCAGCAAACUUACUACGACAGCAACGCUCAAGCGAUAAACUUCAACAAGGCUGACGCUGUUGUUACCAACUCCGCUGGUCUUCGCAAUGAUGCUCAUUUCGUUCAACGCAACAACCAGAGGGGUGGAGUGCAACAAAUCGCCUUCAACAGCAACUCUCGUGCUGCCCAAAGUUCCAGCUCUGCUGCUGGAGUCCAGAAAACUUAUCAGAGGACCAACUGUGUAGUGAUGGGAGUUGAAGAUGAAUCGAAUACAGUUAUUCAGAAGGCGGUCCAGUUUAUUGAUGAGAUCUGCAUUCAGGUCGUAGUAGCAAACAUCAGCAUAGUCAAUGAUAUAGUCCAGUCGCACCUCACUAUAAAUACUGUGAUAACGAUACUGGGUUAUCAGUUGCACUCACAGCUUCUAGGUAGCAAGUUCUGUACAACACAAGAACACAAAAUGAAACUGUUCAUUGUCUUAGCCGCUGUUGCUUUGGCCCAGGCCGCCAAACUGGACAGGACCUACCUCCCACCUAACGCUCAGUCUUCUUCAGGAUCUGCUUUCCUGGAUGCUCCCCGCCAGUCCAACGGAUUCCAGGGCCAAACUGGUGCCUUCUCAUCCAGCGCCCGAAGCGGUGCUUACUCAGGCUUUGAAGCCCGUCCGGUGGAGCGCGCUCAGGCUGCCUUUGAGAGGAACGCUGCCAUCCUUCGUCAGGACAACUCCAAUGAUGGAGAGACUUACGCGUAUGCUUAUGAGACUGAGAAUGGUAUCUCCGGCGAGGAGAACGGAGUGGCGACCAACGGAAUGCAGGCUCAGGGCAGCUACUCCUACACUGGGGAUGAUGGCAAGGUCUACUCUGUGAGGUACACCGCUGAUGAGAACGGUUUCCAACCCCAAGGUGACCAUCUUCCCACUCCUCACCCCAUCCCUGAAGAGAUCUUGAAGGCUCUGGAGCAGAAUGCUCGCGAUGAAGCCGCUGGCAUCUUCGAUGACGGAUCUUACAGCGAUGCCAAAUACGACACCAACGCUCGUAAUGGUUACCAAAGCUCCAGUUCUGCUGCUGGAGUCCAGAAAUCGUACCUCCCCCCCUUCGCGCAGAAGGCUGGAGCGAGACAGUCCUCCUUCGACGCUAGAGCCGGCUACCGAUACUAGAGACUGAUGUAAAUUGUUG